AAGGAGGGAGGCGGAGCAGUGACGUCAGCAGUGUGUUUCCACCAGGGCUUUGCUCAAUGACCAAAAAACGCCAACCAAUCAGGGCGCCGUAUGUUAAUGAGGGAGGAGUUUUGAAACACAUGGGACCUUCCUUAUGAAUCGGCGCUUGAGCACGUAGGGCGGACUUCUCGGCGACCAGCUGACCCAACGCUUCCUCCCCGAACUCCAUCCGACAGUAACGGGACGCACUUAGUGAAAGAUCCCACCGGAAUUUGUUCUGCUUCAUUUUUUUUUGUGUGUGUCUUGCGGGGCUGUUGAUCGGCAUGGAGUGCGGGGAUGCCUCGAAGCAGAGCCAGCGUUUCUGCGUUUUGUCCUGGGAUCAGGUGCAGCGUUUGGAUUCCAUCUUGGGGGAAGCUGUGCCCAUCCACGGCCGGGGAAACUUCCCCACGUUGUCCAUGAGACCCCGACAGAUUGUUCAGGUGGUGCGGGCGCGGCUGGAGGAUCAAGGGGUGUGCGUUAAAGACGUGCGGCUGAACGGCUCGGCCGCCAGCCACGUGCUCCACCAGGACACCGGGCUGGGCUACAAGGACCUGGACCUGAUCUUCGGCGUGUCGCUGAAGGACGACCAGGCCUUCCGACUGGUGAAGGAUGUGGUGUUGGACUGCCUGUUUGAUUUCCUGCCCCCUGAAGUGUCCAGGGAGCGAAUCACAGCACUCACCCUCAAGGAGGCCUACGUGCAGAAACUGGUGAAAGUCUGUAACGACGCGGACCGCUGGAGCCUCAUCUCGCUGUCCAACAACACGGGCAAGAAUGUGGAGCUGAAAUUUGUGGACACUUUAAGGCGGCAGUUUGAGUUCAGCGUGGACUCCUUCCAGAUUUGCCUCGACUCUCUGCUCUUGUUUGACCGCUGCUCAGAGACGCCGAUGUCAGAAAGCUUUCAUCCCACGGUGGUCGGCGAGAGCGUGUACGGCAACUUCCAGGAGGCCAUGGAUCAUUUGUGUCAGAGGACCAUAGCCACGAGAAGCCCCGAAGAGAUCCGAGGGGGCGGCUUAUUGAAGUACUGCCACCUGCUCGUACGGGGCUUCCGAGCGGCCUCCGAGUCGGACAUGAAGCAGAUGCAGCGCUACAUGUGCUCUCGCUUCUUCAUUGACUUCUCCGACAUUGGCGAGCAGCAGAGGAAACUGGAGGCUUACCUCCAAAACCACUUUGCCGGCAUGGAGCACAAACGCUACGAGUGCCUGAUGACGCUGUACCAGGUGGUGAACGAGAGCACCGUUUGUCUGAUGGGUCACGAGCGGCGUCAGACGCUCAGCCUCAUCUCCAUGUUGGCGCUGAAGGUGCUGGCCGAGCAGAAUGCCAUCCCCACGGUGACCAACGUCACGUGUUACUACCAGCCGGCGCCCUACGUGCAGGACAUUAAUUUCAGCAAUUACUACAUCGCACACGUGCAGGCGCCGCUCGUGUCGCCGUGCGCCGCAUCCUAUCAGAAAUGGUUGCCCUGUAGCUGAGGCGAACGUACCCAAAGAUGGAUUGCUUUUGUAUCUUCUUGCAGAAAGAGGACUGAACACGCAGAGAAAAACAAACAAGUUUGCCAAAUGCAACUCGAUUGAAACCAACACACAAAACAAUCCUGCUUUGCAGUAAAUACGAUUGAGCCAACACGCAACGUCCGUGAGAUUGCUGGUCUUUU